CAAUUCUUGAAAGACAAUAGACGUGUGCGGCUCAAAGGACGGGGGGAGCAAGCCGGCAAUAAAACCGCCAAAAACAUUGCGCGGUACAUCUAAAUAUAGGCUUAAUAUUUAUAAAAGCUUCCAGGAAACUAUUAAAGAAAACUCUGAUCCAUCUAAGGUCCAAAAUAAUACGAGGUUUUGCGUUUUGUGUCGAUUAAACGUUACUUUUUCAAUACUAUGAUGUUGCUAUCACUAUCCAGAUGCACCCCCUGGUAAUGCGAUAAUGGUCCAUCCAUCGAAUUCAGUAUAUCCCCCACCUGUUGCUCAAUUCAUUGUGCUUUACGGUGCCGAAAAAUCAGGUCAAGAUAAAAAGGCAGCGGACGUACUCGUAAACGGCAUAUUUUUCUGCCGAGAUUAGAGACAACAAGUCGAAAUCCAUUUUGGACACAGCUCCCAGCCAAUAGAUUUGAAAUCCGGCACGCGCCUCUAAUUAGUGAAGAGCUCUGCUGAAUCUCUCUGGCCGUUUCCAAAUCUCUGUACAUUGACCAUUAGAGAGACAACAUGCCACGAUCGUUUUUGAUCAAGAAAACUGAUUCACCUACUCAAGAGGUUCCUGAUGGCCAAUUGGUAGAUUCAGUAUACGAUGAAAAUGACAUCUUGUCGGAACAAGACAUUGCCAUGAAGAACCUCGUCAUUCACAACAACAAUUUCCUUCCAUAUUUGGCUGCAGCAGCCAGCGUUAUGCGACCGUUCCCAACAAACAUCGACCUAAAGAAAGACCUCUAUAAUGAAUUCUUCGUUCUUGAUGAUCCCAGUGUUUGGAAAUUGUACAAGGACAGACAACCAGGCUUGAGUCACAAUAAUGGGACACAUAUAAUUGAAGCUGACAUUAAAGUUGAGACUGAAAGCAGUGAUAAGGUGCCUUCAUCGAAAUCAGGAGAACUUUCACCAAAAAGCAGCGACGAAAACGAAAAGGUGUAUCAAUGUCAGUUUUGUAACAAAUCUUUCACUCGUUCAUGGAACUUUCAAAGGCAUGUGCUGAUCCACACAGGCAGGAAGCCACAUAAAUGUGACAAAUGUCCCAAAGCCUUCGUUUUGGCAGCACAUUUAAAAAUCCAUAACAGAAUACAUACUGGUGAAAAGCCUUAUAAAUGCAAUAUUUGCGGAAGAGGCUUUGCUCAAUUAACGAACUUACAGAGGCACGUUCUUACUCAUACUGGUGAAAAACCACACAAAUGUACUUACUGCGGUAAAGGAUUUGUUAGUUCAAGUGAUCUACGCAGGCAUGUUCGUAUCCAUACUGGCGAAAAACCCUAUCAGUGUAAAAUAUGCUCCAAGGCAUUUACUACAUCUGGAAACUUACAGAGUCAUGUUUUGACCCACACUGGCGAAAAACCUUACCAAUGUGACAUUUGUAACUGGAAGUUUAUCUCGUCGAGCAACCUGAGAACACACCUCAGGACUCAUCAUUUUAGAGAAGACAUGGACACAUCUGAUGAAUAACUUGUAAAUAAAUUAAAUACUGCUUUUAAAUAGCUAGUUUCAGUUUCGAAUUUUGUCAAAUGAAAUUCGUUUCAUUAUUUUUGUUGCUAAAGCUAUAUUUUGUACUAAGGAAUUUAUGGUUAAUAUUCAAAUUAUGAACUUUGAAGAAGAA